ACCAAAACAAAACAUUUAGCGGCAUUCUUGUCUAAAAUUUAUCAAACAAAGUCUUUUAACUUUUGCUUUAAAAAUAAUCUCAAAAACCAUCAAAGUACAACAAAAUGGUAAUUCGUGAAACUAGUGAUGUGGAAGACGACAUUUCCUCCGACGGAGGCGGCUCCGACCACAUCCGGUCCCGCAAUCGCAGCCAUCGGAACAGCGAGGACCUGGCCCGGCACCUGCUGGAACGUGGAACUCUCUACGUGGACAUGUUCCAGGCCGCCCUAAAUGACAUCAUCGAGCGAUACAGGCUCAAACAAACCGCAGUCGCAAUCUUCCGCGGUUUGCAGCGCUAUCCGGCCCUGGCCCUGGCCAUCGCCGCCGUCCUGUUCAUCCUGACGCUCCCGUUCAUGAUGUUUAUCUUCUUCACCGUGGCCACCGCCAUCAUGACCUUUACCGGGUUUGUGCUGAUCGAGGGAACGCUCGUGACGGUGGCCUCGAUGAUGCUGGUCGGAGUCCUGGUUGGGGGGUGCUGCCUGUUGGGAUUCGUUGGGGUGGCCUUUUUGAUUGGGUAUUUCGGCAUUUCGAAGGUGUACGAUUGGUUUGGGAGGAGAGAUGGCUUUAGAUCAUUUGGGCAAAGUAAUUAGGUUGAAUUUGUGUGAUUGCACGGUGUAUUGAUGCAGUAUUAUUAAUUUGAUUGGUUUUUAGUUGAAUUUUAGCACAAUGAUAAUCGUAUUCUCAAUAUUUAUUGUAAAAUAGCCAUGUAAAAGUAACCAACAUUUUAAGUCAGAAUAAACAUUUUUUAAACCUGA